GAAUAAGAUCCGGUGCGGGGGUUUAAGGAUCCGAUUGACCGACCCAAAUUCAUCCUUAGGGUUCUCUCUUCUCUGCUCCUCACUCCCUCCUGAUUUUCUGAAAACCAAUAUAGGCGUUGCCUCUCUCUUCCUCUCUUCUUUACAGAAACAAUGGAAAGGUCGCGGCUUUAAUGGUCGCUUCAAUAGCUUCGUCCAACUCCAAUAAACCCACAAUGGCGGCGAAAGUGCCGGUGGAGCCUGAGAAGGCCAAUCCCUGCUGCGCUGCGUGGCAAAAGAAGUAUUUGAAGAGUGAGAAGCUACGGAAUCAUCUGCGGGAAGCUGUGAAUAUCCUUCAACAGGGGACGGAAGAAGUUCAAGCACAGAAUUCCAAUCUCAAGAAAGAAUAUGAGGAGUUGCGAGUGCUGGCAGAUAUUGAGAAAGACGAGAAAGUGAAAGAAUAUGCGGCAAGGGUCUCUCUGGAGAACAAGGUUUCUGAGUUGAAAUCUGAGAUACUUUCUCUCAAGCAGCAGCGAGAAGGUGCAGAUUCUCAGGAUAAGAAUGAAGUAAAGCUUCUUAAAGGUCAUGUUUCUGAUCGGGAACAGGAGAUUAGUCGUCUCAAGGAGCUGAUUGAGAGAGAGAAGAAAAGAGCAGAAUCAGAAAGUAAGAAAGCAGAAGUGGAGAAGAAAAAGGCUGCCGAAGCACAAAAAAGUAUGAAAAUUGAAAAAAAGAAGGCUGAUGAAGAAAGGAAGCGUGCCAAUAUUGAAGGAGAGAAGGCGGAGAAUUAUAGGCUUCAAUUGGAGGUAUUGGAGAAAGACUCUGCUAAAGCAAAAUCUGAUUCUGAAGGGGAAAAAGAGAUUAGUUGUCUCAAGGAGCUUAUUGAGACAGAGAAGAAAAGAGCAGAAUCAGAAAGUAAGAAAGCAGAAGCGGAGAAGAAAAAGGCUGCCGAAGCACAAAAAAGUAUGAAAAUUGAAAAAAAGAAGGCUGAUGAAGAAAGAAAGCGUGCCAAUAUUGAAGGAGAGAAGGCGGAGAAUUAUAGGAUUCAAUUGGAGGUAUUGGAGAAAGGCUCUGCUAAAGCAAAAUCUCAUUCUGAAGGGGAAAAAGAGAUUGGUUGUCUCAAGGAGCUUAUUGAGAGAGAGAAGAAAAGAGCAGAAUCAGAAAGUAAGAAAGCAGAAGCGGAGAAGAAAAAGGCUGCUGAAGCACUGAAAAUUAUGAAAAUUGAAAAAAGUAAGGCUGACGAAGAAAGGAAGCAUGCCAAUAUUGAAGGAGAGAAGGCUGAGAAUUAUAGGCUUCGGUUGGAGGUAUUGCAAAUAGAAGCUGAUGAAGCGAAAUCUAAUUUGGAUUCAGAAACAUUGAAACUCGAAGUAGCAAGCAAAAAGCUUGAAGCAGAAAAAUUGAAGGUCGUCAAGGAGAGAGAAUGUGCAAAUUCAGAGAUGGUGAAAGCAGAGGAACAGAGGAAGCUUGCAGAAGCCAACAGGAAAAAGACCAUUGAAGAAAAAUCUCGUGCUGAAAGUUUGUCUCUGCAAUUGGUAGAGAGCAGAAAGAGGGUUGAUGAAUUACAAAAGGAGCUAAAUGAACUUAGGUGUUCAAAAGAAUUACAUGCGGAUCCUGGUGGCCAACCUGAUUGUAAUAGAAUUGCUUUCGCUUCCGAAGAGAUUUCAAAUUUUGAUGAAGCAAACAAAAGAUACGAAGUUGAAAAGCAGAAGGUGGUGAAGGAGAAAAAGCGACCAGACUCAGAGACGGUGAGAACUCAAAAGCAGAAACAGCUUGCUGAAGUAAAUUGGAAGAGGGCCAUGGAAGAAAAAUCUCGUGCUGAUUAUCUCUCUCGGCAGUUAGAGGAAGCUAAAAAAAAGAUUGAGGAAUUAUCUACUAGAAAUUUAAUCGAGGCAUCUGCUGUUCAACAACUUGCCAAAGGUAUGAGUGAUGAAAGUGCAAAGGUGAAACUUUUAAAGAAGCAGCUGAAGUUUGAGAAAAUGCAAAGAAAGCAUGCUAAGGAAGUGGUCAAGGUCAAGCUGGAAAGAAAUCGCAACAGUAUCCUACAACAAGAAUUUGGUCGCUUGAAGUUGGACUUUGAUCAAAUUUCACAGCGCAUGGAUAUGCUUAAUAACUCUUUCUCCUAUAAUGCCGAAGGUAUAGAUGACCAUGAAAAGACCUGGAACAUCAUGAAAAAGCAACGGUUAAGCAACAAGAAUCACCAAGGGUUAGAAUCUUUGCAGAUGAAUCUUCAAAGUGGAACUGACUUUCUGAAAUCUGGCUUCCCAGUUUUGGAUGAAUCAGAUCCUUUCAGGGAAGCCAUGCAACAUACUGGACCUUAUCCUCCUUUAUCUGGAGGAAACUGCACUGGAUCUAUUUCAGGUAUUGAUUCUAAAUCAGAGUCUCCUAGAGGCUCUAAGAGAAACAUGUUACACAGUUCUGCAAUAAAUUCAAGUACAGCAUCUUUUUCUGAUGGACAGUUGGUGGGCUCACAGGACAGAGGUGCCUUUUCUGUUACCGUGCCAACAAAAUUAGUUGAGGAAAAUGUGCAACCAACAAUAUCCAACUUGUCUACUGAGGUUAUUAAAAGAAAGUGCAACGAAACUAUUGCUGUGGUGGCUGAAAACACUGUCAAAAGUCCUGUACGAACUGAUGGUAUUGGACAAGUCAAUGAGCAUAGCAGGAAGAGAAAGAGGAUAAUAGAUGCAGUUGAGUCAAUUGAAAAUCUUUACUGUGAGGGUAAGAAGUUCCACCAGCAGGUAGAUGAAAAGCUAUCUGAUUUGCAUUGUUUGUUAAGCAAGAAAAUAAAGAAACCGGUUGAAGAAAGACUGCAUGAGAAGAGAAAGGCAGCUUGUGAAGGGAAAUUGGUAUUGGCGAGUUGUGUAGUCAGGAAUGAGCAAAAGAAGGCAGAUAGAUUCAAAAAUGAAUGUACGAAUGUGUGCAGACAAGUUCCAAAAAUUGCGGGUGAGCUGAUAGGGACUGCCCAAGCGAGCAGAGAAGGCAUAAGUGAUCUCGAUACUAGUGAUAUAGCAAGUUUUGAUGAAGUAACCGAUGGGAACUACCUUAAACUGUUAGAAUUGGACAAUGCUGCUGAUGAAGAAUGCUACAGGAUGGCAAUGGAAAUGCCAUUGUCUCCUACACUUCCCGAGAUUGAGGUCCUAGAUGUUGAAACUUCUAUUGCCAAUAAGAUCAAUCCUUUAAUAAAGGAAAUUAUCUGUGACAGAUUUUCAAAUAAGAAUGGAGGUCAUGGUGAUUGUUGUGACACACAAGACCUGAAUGGGAAUGGUUCUGGUAAUUCUGCAGCAAUGGGUAAACCUUGGGAUAUCCAGGUGCAGGAUGCUGGGGCUGAAGUGGUUUCUAAUGCACCUACUUUAAAAAGUAAGGCUAUGUUCCCAUUUGGAAGUGAUGGUGCUGCGGAUGACAAUAUUCUCAAGUAUCAUGUUGUGUUUUCAAACACUGAAGACAGCAGUAGCAUUUCUAGGAUAUGCAAUGCAUCCAGAACUUGUAUUGCACAGUGCUCUUUGGCUAUUCAUACAGAGUGGAUGGUGCGAGAUAUUCUGUUUGCUGUUAAGAGUGAAGAAAAACUUCUCCCCAAAGAGAAGGUUUGUGUAUUCUUUUCCUUGUUGCUGCUUAACUUCUCCGUUGCUUCUUCAAGUAAAUUUGGGAGCAUGUAUUGGGAGUCCAACCCCUGCUUGGAUUCUUUUGCUCGACACAUGUGCUCAGUGAUGUCUGAUGGUGAUGGCAGAAGGAUAUUUUCAGAAUUUGGUUGUUUGGAUGAAUCCCUUGGUCUCAUAGAGGAUUUCAUAAUACAUGGAAGAGUUUUCGAUUGUAAGAUGGUUGGGUGUCACUCUAGCAGCUUCCUACUUGAAGAUAUAUCCCCUCGUCCAUCAUCAGCGGAUGAGUUGGUGGCAGGGAGCAUUGUAUUGGCUUCACUAUGUGCAGCAUUUGAUCACAUUGGUUUUAUUUGUGAAACAUCCUACACCAUUUUGCAGAUUAGGAGAUUAGAUCGUUCCUUGGUUCUGAAGGUGCUGCAUGUUUUUGCUUACGUGGGUGGGGAGAAGUUUUUCAACUUUAGCAACUAUAAUUUAGUGACUGUCAUGAAAUCUAUUGUUACAUUUCUCGAGGGAAUAAGAUCAUCAAAUUCUGCUGGUUCUUGUAUUACAUCAGUAAGCAAUUCAGGAACUGAAUUCUGUCCGUGUGUCAAAUGCCCAUUUUCUGAGGAUGCUGUUUCUGUAGAUACUGCUACAUCAUUGCUUUUAGAAAAGCUCCAAAGUGAUCCUUUCUUGGGACCUAUGAGUCAGGAUGUGGUGCAAUCAGUCAAUUCAAAUACAAAUAUCACACUGUGCAACCUCUGUGAUCUCCUAUCGUUGGUGGAGCUGGUUGCAUCCAACAUGAGCUGGACAUGGACCAGUGUCGAAGUUGUUCCUCAGCUGAUGAAAAUUUUGGAAUCAUGCAAUGCUGAGAAUGUUAUUGCUGGAAUUGUUGUCCUCCUUGGUCAACUUGGGAGGCUUGGAGUUGAUUCUGUUGGCUAUGAAGAUAAAGGAGUGGAAUUCUUGAGGCAUGAGUUGUCUGCUUUUUUAUGUCGUGACAUUGGGACCAGUGCAGGUCUUCCUACUCAAAUUGCCACCGUCACAUCUAUGCUGGGUCUGAUGUCUUUUGAUUUCAAAACAAUUAUCCAGAGUAACGUGAAUCUUUCGGUCAUUUCAAGUCAAUCUGAUGCGGCCCAGGUGAUAAGAAAGUGGUUUUCUUUGCUGCCAAAAAAACAACAGGAACCGUCAUUCAGCCUUUUACAAGCUGCUAGUGUAGAUAAGAACUGAGAUACUUUCUGAAACUGCAAGGAUGCUCUGUGACCUGAAGGGGAGAAUCCUUUCUCAGCAUGUUGUAGCCAUCUUAGAAUUUUUUUUGUGGGCGGAUUGAGAGUAGGAGAUUUUGGUCAAUUUUUUACCAUUCCAGUGGGGUUCAUGACCAAAAGAGAGUAGGGUUAGUAUUUUUCUCUAUGUUAGAAGAAAUUGAGGAUCGAAGACAGCCAGUGAAGGCAUUUUACUUGUCUAAGAAACUCUUGUAUAUAUUCCUUAGCCAGCCAUUGGUAUUCAGCUUGUUUUAGCUCUCAUCUGUAAAUUUUCCUAUGAGAAUGAAACUGUUCCGUAUCAGUAAAUUGUUGUUGUCCUUUCACCCUUAAGAUAGGUAUGACACUGAAUUCCUCAUAAA